ACAUUUUUUUGUUUUUCAUACAUGUUUUUAUGUACUUUGAUCGGACAGCAAAUUAUAGAUCAUAAUAAUUAUAUAUUUGUCACUGCAUACAAAGUUCAAUGGUACGUAACUCCUUUACCCAUACAAAGGCUAAUAUUGAUCCUACUGCAAAGAGGUAAUAAAAGUUUUGGCCUGAAAGUCGGUGGAUUGUUUGUAGCGUCCUUAGAAUGUUUUGCCACGUUAAUAAAUGCGUCCGUUUCUUACUUUAUUGUUAUAUAUUCAAUGUACCUGAAUCGUUAUCCGAUCCUAGCAAUGUAA